AUGUCGGAUGAUAUGCUCAUACAUUUCUCCUCUAACUCCUCAAACCAGUCGGACCAGUCUCUGCCCACCAAGAUUGCCAAGCUCGAAGCUCGUAUGGUCGGCAAGGCUUCCUCUGCCUCUUCCGCCCCUCCUGCUCAGCAGCAGCUUCAACAGCAACACCAGCAGCAGCCGCAGCAGUCUGCUUGGUCCUCCCUCUCCGCUGCUCCAAAAUUCGCUACGGCGGACUUGGCCGAGCCGUCUACUUCGAGUGAUUCCGAUGACGAUAAUGGAGGGGAGUUUCUGAUACAAGCCAACACUCAGAAGCGCCAGAAACUUCAAGAAGAUGGUAAUUCAACUGUCCUUGAACAUGCUGAGGCAGUGGCUGAUGGGAGGCAGAUGGUUGUGGAAAGCAUUGAUACCAAGGCAACUUCUGAUGUAAAUAGAAAAAAGCAUGGUCGUGGUAGGGGGCAUUCUGUAUCAGGUCGGGGUCGUGGUUCAAGAGUUAGUGAUCAAACAAGAUUGCUAACUUCGACAGUUUCACCUCCAAAUGGUCAGCUUGAGAAUCCAUACAAUAAGGAUAGUAGGCCUAAAGAGCAGCUUCGGAAUGACAACAAAUGGUCUUCAUUAGAUGAGGAGGUUGCAUCUUUACGUGCUACAGUUUCUGCGCAAGAGGAGGACUUGCGUAAAUCACGUCAAGAGGCCUCUGAUUACCAGAAUCUUUGCCGCCAAGUAGAGAAGGAAUUGAAUGAACUAAAAGAUAAUGAACAGCAAAUGAAGCCUAAGAGAACAAAAGUAAUCUCUGAUCUGCUGAUAUCUGUUUCAAAAGCAGAAAGGCAGGAAGCAAGGUUGAAGGUACGACAGGACUCUUUGAGGCUUGGAAAUGUGGGUGUAAUCAGAGCUGGAACUGUCAUAUCUGAGACAUGGGAAGAUGGGCAGGCCUUGAAAGAUCUCAAUGCUCAUCUUAGACAAUUAUUAGAAACUAAGGAGGCUGUUGAGCGGCAGCGGAAGUCAUUGAAGAAAAGGCAAAGUGAUAAGGGAGAUGGAGUUGAUGCUGAAACUGGAGUACAAGAAGAAUUUCUAGUCCAGGAUGAGAUCUAUAAAUCCCGUCUAGCCAGCAUCAAACGAGAGGAGGAAGUUCUCCUGCGUGAAAGAGACCGCUAUGAACUGGAGAAAGGAAGGCUUAUACGUGAAAUGAAACGCAUACGAGAUGAGGAUGGUUCCCGUUUUAACAAUUUUCAGAUUCUCAACCACAGAUUUGCGCUCUUAAAUCUUCUUGGCAAAGGGGGAUUCAGUGAAGUUUACAAGGCAUUUGACUUGGUAGAGCAUAGAUACGUUGCAUGUAAACUUCAUGGUUUAAAUGCUCAGUGGAGUGAAGAGAAGAAGCAGAGUUACAUACGGCAUGCAAUCCGGGAGUACAAUAUUCACAAGACCUUGGUGCAUCAUCACAUUGUCCGGCUUUGGGACAUUUUUGAGAUUGAUCAGAAUACAUUCUGCACUGUAUUAGAGUAUUGCAGUGGGAAAGAUCUUGAUGCUGUCCUUAAAGCAACACCUGUGUUGCCUGAGAGGGAAGCUAGGAUCAUCAUCUUUCAGAUAUUUCAAGGUCUUAUAUACUUGAACAAAAGAACACAGAAGAUUAUACAUUAUGAUUUGAAGCCUGGAAAUGUUCUAUUCGAUGAACUCGGGGUUGCAAAAGUGACUGAUUUUGGUCUUAGCAAGAUAGUGGAGAAUGAUGUUGGAUCCCAGGGUAUGGAACUUACAUCCCAGGGUGCUGGAACUUAUUGGUAUUUACCUCCUGAAUGCUUCGAGCUCAGCAAGACACCUCUUAUAUCAUCAAAGGUUGAUGUUUGGUCAGCAGGUAUUCUACUAUACCAAAUGCUAUUUGGCAGACGCCCUUUUGGGCAUGAUCAAACCCAGGAACGAAUACUACGGGAGGACACAAUUAUUAAAGCACGAAAAGUUGAAUUUCCUUCUAGACCUGCCAUCUCAAAUGAGGCAAAGGAUUUUAUUCGACGCUGUCUAACAUAUAAUCAAGCAGAGAGGCCAGAUGUUUUAGCAAUUGCUCAAGAUCCAUUUCUCACAUACUCGAAGAAGUAA